AUGAAGUCACUGAAAACAGAGCGCUGCCUGAACCGGUUGAAGAGCAUACACAAUGAUGUAACAUUGAUCAGCAAACGUUGUGUUACCAAAUUUUUUUCUCGAAAGAUCAACGAUAAUCAACAAAAUACAGACCAAGAAUCAAUCACUCCUACGGCCAUGCAAGAUACAAAUCUCCAAAAGCACUCUAUCUAUAGAACCCUGGAGUCAAUAAUAUCAGACCACGAGUUUCCAGAGGGAUCCGGAUCGGACCAGGAAUUGAUCAGCACUGUAUUGACUUCUACCAUCAUCCAGGAUCCGGAUCUCCAAAAUCAACCUGUCAAUGAGCCAACCAUAUCAGGCAAUAUAGACGCCACAGAUAGUGAACAAUAUCAUAUUGACCAUGAGAAUCAAACUUCAGAAUUUUUGGCCGGUCUUACCUUAGACCACGAGCUACCAGAGCCUGAGGAUUAUGGAUUGGACCAGGAAGUGAUGACUAAUAUUCUGUACAUACAAUAUCUAAAUCUCAACAAACGGUGUGCUGAAGAGAAUCUAGAUGACACUGUUCCAGGUUUGGAGGCGAAUGAACAAACCCCUCCAUCACAAUACUCUGAAGCUUCAAACAUCUUGUGGAAGGCAAUUGCUCAACUGAUGGAAAUCUUUGAGGAAGAACCACAUCUUCCACCGUGUUUCUUGGCUGAGCAAAGCCCAAACGCACAAGCAGCUUUGAUUACAAUCAUAGGCUUGGAUGUCAAUCAAAGAACCCCUACGCCACAAUACUUUAAAGCAUCAAAUAUCUUGUGCAGUACAAUUGCUCAAUUGAUUGGAAUUUCAGGCAAAUAG